AUGUUCAAGAAGUUGGUGGCCCGAGAUGUCAGCUUCACGUCUGGUGACUCCAAGGACCAGGUGUCAUUCAGCCUGAAAGAUGGUCACCUUGAGCUGCGAGUCAACGGCUUUGCGAAAGCCAUCUCAGUGCUGCGCAUCCAGCGCGCGUGCGCUAUGGUCUUGGACCAGGACACUUGGGCGACGACGGUGCCAACGCAGCUCUUCGAUCAGAUCGUGGAGAAAUUGAGACGCUUGGCCAGCGCUGCAAACGUGCCGAUCCUCGACGUCCAUGGUAAAGAGCUGAAGCCUCGCGCGCAGGCGUCCUCCAAGGCCACUGCGCUGCUUCAGCUGAGUCCCGAGCUUCGAGUGUCCUGGCUUGAGAGCCAGUCCUGCGAAGUUUGCGCUGGCUUUGGGGCAGGCUCCCUGGAAGCGGUGGCGCGGUGGGUCAAUGGCCAGGCCAGGCUGGUGCUGGCUGUGGAGGCGUCCCUGGAGAGUCAGCUGCUGGCGGCGCAGCCGUGCGCGGCGGCGCUGCUUCGCGUGCCCCACGGAGGCGCCGAGGCCUUUCUCCUCGCGGCCGUGCUGGCGCAGCUGCAGUGCCCUGUGGUGCUGGUCACAGCAGAAGACUGGGCAGGAUGCGACGAGAUUGCACGGGAGUUGUGCCACGUCCUGGCUGAGCUCGAAGCUGGCGAGGCCGCGCGUUGCUCAACGCAGGCGCAGCGUAUUUGGUCCACUGCUGGUGCUGCAGAGCGUGCUACGACUUUGCUGGAGGAUGCUUUAAGCGCAUACCGUGCCUCCCGCCCCUAUGUGCAUGGCUUGAUUGGUGCCGGGAUUUUGGAAGCCGACGUGCGGGAGGCGUUGGAGGCAUCGGUGGACUUGCUGCAGUCUUCCGAGGUGCAAAGCCUGACCGUGAAGCCAAGACACGAUGGACGCCCACCCAAUCCAAGGGCGCUCCACUGCAUUGGACGUGCCAGCAGAGCACUUGGCAAGCUAGCGGAGGAUCGACUUGGGGAUCUUUGGUUUCAGCCCGAGGCAGACCCAGGACCCGACGCCUUCUGCGUGCUGGACUUGUCUGACUCAGAGAGCCUGGAGUUCCUCCGGCAACGGCAGCAGCAGGAGGUGCCAAGCAUCCAUGUAUUGGCUCUGCUGCCUGCUUCGUCGAUGCAUCGAGCUGCGUGGGACGUGGUGGCCGAGCCGCUGGCCGUGCUGGUCGGCGCGGGCGAGGAGCUGCUGCCGGACGUGGGGCUGGUGGUCGCGGUGUGCCUCGGGGACCCGGCAGGCGAUGCCGGAGACGUUCUCUCCUUGCUCGAGGUGCUGGCCACGGCACCUCUGGCGGCAGUGGCCUUCCAGUUGCAGCCGCGGCCGCAGAGCCACGUGAUGCUGCCAGCCCAGGAUGUCGGCGGGGCAUACCUGCUCCCUUCGGGCCAAGAGGUCUCCAGAGAGGAGGUGGAUGCUGCCUUCUCCUUCUGGCCGCGUUGCAGUGAGCCAAGGCUGCUUUCUGCCGAGAUGCUGCGGCCUGGGCUUCCAGCGAGUCUGGCAUGCGCAGGCGCCGCCUACGUGCCCUCCGCGCGCACCAAGCCUCGCGUGUGGCACUUGCUCCUGCAUGUGCACGAAGAGGCCAAGCUCUUCCGCCGCGCGGCAGGGGACUUCCCCGGCCGCGCCAGUGCCGCGUUCCGCUGGCGAGGCGGCGCAGGCCCGAAGUGCGACCUGUGGUCUCUGGCUACGGCUCUGGAAGGCGAGACCUCCGAGGACAGAUCGGAGCAGGACGAGCAAAAGGACGACCAUGCAGCCUACAGCGAGGAAGAGUAUGAGGGCGAGCUCCAUGCCAUGAGCCGCUCGGAGCGGAUUGCGCGGGACCUCCGAGCGGCGGAGGCGGAGCUGCACGAGGGGAAGUUCCCGCAGCUCACGUCCCUGGACUCCGAGGAUGACACCUUCGCCUUCUGCGUGCGAGGUUUGGACGGCGCCUUCACCGCUGUGGUCGGCAAUCCGUACCCUCUGGGCGAGACACAAGUCUACGGCCCCGAGGAGUUUGAGCUGGAGUCCGCAGGCACCGUCUCCGAGAUCAUUCGCCGUGUGACCGAGGAGCUGGCGCGGCCGCACGCGUGCGACAUGGAGUUGAUUGCCGACGCAUCUCCCGAGCAAGCCUUGCAGAAGGAAGUGCUUUCCGCCAAGAGCGCUCUUGGUGAAGAAGCAGUGGCGCUGACCCAGCUGGCCGAUAUGUGGCGCGUUCGCUUGUCCGUUCCAAUCAUCGGUCUCAGCAGCACGGCGUGUGCUGCGUGGGGCGUCGACACCUCCCGGCCAAUCUCCGUGGACCUCCACUUGCCCUUCGGGUGUUCGCAGGUCAAGCGGUCCAUGCUGAAGAGGAUCUGGCAGGAGGGCAGCUUUGCGCUGGAGACGCAGCUGCUUCACAUCCUCGCAGAGUUCUGCCAAUUUUUUGCGGACGGAACUGCUGACACGUGGGACGUCAAAGACGUGGAGGAGACGGAGUUGGACGAUUGCAACUGUGCUGUCUGGUACGAGGCUAAGAAGAAGCGGUUGAUUUUGGAGGCCAUGGAGGCCGAAAGAGCUGGAUUCCUGACAUGCUUGGCACGGUACCUGCAGCUGCGAGUCCCUACUGUGCAUGAGUUUUGCGCCAUCUGCGACAAGCCCUUUCAAGUGGCACCAAUGAUGAUGCGCUCCGUUUGCUCCGACGAGCUUUGCACCUACCAGUUCGUGGAGUUCGGCAGCAAGAUCACGACGGCGGAGUCGGUGAACCACCGCUCGGAGAUCAUGGACCUCCUGUUCUGCAUGCUGGCGGCCGCGGCGAAGUCUCCCAGGCGCGAGCUGAUUCUGGAUCCCUUCCCCGCGGUGCACGUGGCCCGCCUCCCGGUGCUCUCGCCCGACUGCAAGGACUUCGCCAAGCUGGAGACCUGCGUCGAUGAGCUCCAGAAGAUCCGGGCCUGGGGCGCUGGGCACCUGGGGGCGUCCUGGGCCCUGUGCACCGGCCAAAUGACCCAAGAGGCCGCGGCCCUGCUGAAGUGGACCGUGUGCUCCAACCGCUGCUACUUGGCCCCCUUGCAGGAGCAUCAGCUCGUCCAAGCCUUCAGGACACAAUUCCAGUACUUACUGGUGUCCGCGCCGCCUGACAAGGAGGCUCGCUUCAACAAGCUCAAGGAGCAGUUUGGGACUUCCUUCGCCUUCCACGGUAGCGCUUCGGAAAAUUGGCACUCCAUCCUUCGAAAUGGUCUCAAGAACGCCUCGCAUACCAAGCUCAUGACCAGCGGAGCUCGCUUCGGUCCUGGGAUUUACCUCUCGCAGGAGAGUUCUGUCUCCAGAGCGUACUGCCGCGGGAUGAAGACACACGACGAAGCUGGGGUGAAACGGCAGAAGACUGGCAACCGCUUCGUGGAGAAUCAGGGUGGCCUGAUCAUGAUGGCGGUGUGCGAGGUCGUGGAUGAUCCCGAGCGGUUGAAAAAGCCGAACCCAUCGAUAUGGGUGGCGACCAGCGAGGAGCUGGUUUGCACGCGCUUCUUCCUCGUGUUCGCGGGCCAGUGCCAGGUCGCCACGCAGAUCUCAAAGGAGCUGGAGCAGGAAUUGCAUGCCCUGGUGAAGACGGUGCGUGCGUAGAGGGCGAAAAGGGCCUUAGGCAUGGAAUUGCGCCUGCAGUGCCAUGCAGUGCCUCAUGUAGCACCGUUCAAUUGAGCGAGGCAAAAUCGGGCCUGUUUCUUUCAUUGCGCAGCUUGGAGCUGUUGUAAUUUGCGCUCCGAGGAGCGCACGCUCACAUCUGGGUUAGUUCGCGCUUGGCGGCCGAGAGCUGCCAGGGCGUGCCAGCGUGCCGAGACAUGUACAGGGCAGGCGG